CGUGCAACUGACUUGGCAUCCUUCACAAGCAACUGUGAGCAAAUUGUGCAAAGAGAAGAGCAGUUCUGUUUAAGAUGUCAGUGUAUGUAUGAAGCCAGGAACACAACCCUCAUAAAGGUAGUGAUUAUCUUCAUUAUUGUUGUUAUUGGAUUUCUGCUAGUCUACCUCUUAUAUCUGUUUAUUGAUUCCAAGCGGAAACCAGUUGUGUUAAGUGUCACAGCAGAUGAGGUACAAGAAAGAUUGCGUCUUAGACCAGGGGGAAGAAGUAUUAGAAACUUUGAUGAAAAGUUGGCCAAAUGGAAAAGAACAGUUGCUGAGCAGAGGAAAAACAUUUAUGAUACAAGAACCAUGCUGAGUUAGAUAAUCAGAAGGAGAUAAGGUUGAUGUUAUGGUGUUCAUGUUUUAAAAUGCAUACAUUUGCAGUGGCAUGGUGUAGAUAUGGUGAUAAUGAUGAUGUAACAUGUAUAGCCAGAGUCAAUACUACUUCUUAUUUAUUCCUACCUUUUUUAGCUUGUUCUUUGUUUCAACUGUUGGUAAAAUGAUUGCAGUGUCAACUGUAAUUGCAGGCUCUUUGUUACCCCAUCUGGGGUAGUAAGAUGCGAGGAAAGAAACUGAUAUAGACACUGGAAGUACGUAACAGUGCAACCAGUGGAGCUGUUUGCUAUAUUUUCAUAAGACAGCCAGAGGACUAGCAGUCAUAAGUAGAAUUCUACUAGUAUACCAAUGCAAAUACUGCAAUGUGAUGAUUUGAUUGAUUGAUUGAUUGGUUGAUUGACUGAGCUCUAUUGUACAAAAUUAGUCACCAGUGUGCAGUGGUGGAUGUUCUCUACAAACUGGCAACUUUUUCUUGUGUCUCUUACUUUAAAAAGAAAUCUCAAAAUUGUUGAGUGAACUGAUGAGGUUGCAAGCACUGCUGCAAGUUUCAAUUGAUAGUUCAGUCUGCAUGUGAUUUUGCUUUAAAGUCAUACUGCUUAAAAUGAAGAUUAAACUACUGGAAAUCAUAAUUUAAAUGAAAUUAUAAUCAGUUUGAAUGCUAUAAGAACAAACUAGAAAUAGUAAGAAUAAACAAUUUCUAUGAAGGGGAUAGUUAAUUCGACCCUCGGUCACUAUUGAGCUCAUAAUCAAAAGGUCAAUUAGUUUACAGAUACAAAUAACUUACCCAUUAUUAAUUAGGUCAGAAUUAU